GAAGGUUCUCCAGUCGCGCGAGAUUCACCGACGCGUUGAACCUGGCGCUCGCGACUCGCGCAUCUUCAUCUCGGCUCGUCAGAACUUGAAUCUUCGGAUUUUGUUCUUGCUUUUUUUGCAGCGCUCACUUUUUCGCUUCUACAUUUCAGCCGUUGUGAUUUGUCGCUAAAACUAAUUGCUUGCGCUUGACCUUGCACCGUGGUGAACUGCCUCCUCGCCGCUCGGAAGCUGCUGCUGCUGCUGCUGUUCCUGCUUCGUGUGAGUUAGCUGAGCCGUCGGUGGGGCCGCUGAUGCGAUGGGCUUGCGUGCGCGUAGGAGCUCGGAGCUGCCCGUGGUGGCACUGGCUCAGCCGAGGCAUCGAGCCACGCUGAUAGCCCGCGCCAGAUUUAGUAGCCGCGGUUUGCUGGUCGCGCACCGACGUCGACGCUAUUACGAGCAGCUCAUCGACCGAAGCGCCAACAGCAGCGACAUGCAAGCCAGCGAGGGCCAGUCGACAGAUCCAGCCAGCCAGCUUGACAGUUUUCAAGAUAAGGCUGCAUUUGGCUAUGGAACUAGUCUUCCCCCCAAUAACAAUGACAUGACUGAUAAGGAGUCUGCUUCCAAGAAAGUAAUAUUUUGCGUACAUGGAAAGCUUUCUGGUUGUUGCACACUUGUCAAAGGAGGAAAAGAAGAAUGUGCUCCUAUAGAUUAUUUAAGAAAUCCUAGCUUUUACGAAGAUCACUGCCACCGAGAGAGAAAUGAAGAAAUUGACAAGAAGGCACGAAAAAAGCUUAUAAUUGCUAGUGUAUUAUGUGUUAUAUUCAUGAUAAUGGAGAUAGUUGGAGGUGUGUGGUCCAAUAGUUUAGCGAUUGCUACGGAUGCAGCUCAUCUACUGACCGAUUUCGCUUCAUUUAUGAUAUCGCUGUUUUCAAUAUGGGUAGCUUGUAGACCUGCAACCAAAAAAAUGCCGUUUGGUUGGUAUCGAGCAGAGGUAAUAGGAGCACUGACAUCUGUUUUAUUGAUAUGGGUUGUCACAGGAGUCCUGUUUUUCCUCGCUGUUGAACGAGUUAUCAAUAAAGAUUUUGAGCUCGAUGCCCCGGUUAUGCUGAUUACAUCUGCGAUUGGAGUGGCCGUCAAUCUAGUAAUGGGCUUAACACUCCAUCAACACGGACAUGGCCAUAGUCACGGUCACAGUCAUGGACACGACAGUCAUAGUCACGACCAUGGUCAUGAUCACGGUCCCGAUAAACCUGAUAAAAGUGGAAUUGACAAAUGCAAUGAGGAAGGUGCGGCAAAGGCUGAUUUUAAGCACAAGCACGAUAAAAAUAUUAAUGUUAGAGCAGCUUUUAUCCAUGUGCUCGGUGACUUCAUACAAAGCGCAGGAGUCUUCAUUGCUGCGAUCGUUAUCUAUUUCAAGCCUGAAUGGAGUAUCGUUGACCCGAUUUGCACAUUCUUAUUUUCAAUUCUGGUCGUACUUACAACAGUAACCAUCAUCAAGGACGUCGUAAAUGUUCUGAUGGAAGGUACCCCAAAAGGAUUUGACUAUUCGCACGUGGAAAAUACAUUUAUGCAAAUAGACGGAGUGGUGAAAGUGCAUAACCUAAGAAUAUGGGCCUUAUCACUUGACAAAACUGCACUAUCAGCUCAUCUAGCUAUCAAAUCUGGUGCCAGUCCACAAACAAUACUCCGCACGGCUACUAGAAAUAUACACGACAAGUACAACUUCUUCGAAAUGACUCUUCAGAUCGAAGAGUUCAACGAAAAGAUGGAUAACUGUGAGCAAUGCAAGCCACCGUCACAAUGAUUUUUCAUUUACCCUACCAAUUUAUUGUAUGGUGAAUGUGCAUGUAUGCUGUGAGCAAUGUUUGCGCUCACACAAAUUCAUUUGUGGAACAGUGGCGCAGACCUCGAGUUUUUGAGUUAGUGAGAUACACACGCGUCAACCGAAUGAUUAAAUAUUACAGGGUAUACGAUAUAUUGCAAAUGUUUGGCGCAAUAUACCGCCUUUUAAAGGCAAUAACAUGCAAUGUGCAUCGCGUAUCAUAAGUAUUUUAGUUUUAAUGGAUUAUCGUAUAGUUAUAAAGAGGGAGACUGUGACGAUUAUUUUUACAAGUGUUUCAAGAGAUUUAGUGCAAAUGUUAAGCAAUAACAAAAAAAUCAUGUUUCUGCUAUUAGUGACUGCCAAAGUUGUAAAACAGUGUGAGAGUAAUUUUUUGACGUAUUUUCGGAUAUGCACUUGAUGCCCUUAUCCAGAAUCCACCACGUAAGCAAUCAAUAAAUUGUUUAGCUACAUUUCAAAAUACAGUGUUGUUGUCUUCCAAAUUCUAGUUUUUACAUGUAAAUUUGGAAUAGACAUUUAUGCCAUACAAGCGGACAACGAUAGUAGCUCGGACAAACAUUUCCUUCUUUUGCACACUGUUUCAGAUAAUAUAUAAUCUGCCUUACAAAACGCAAUACUGUCAAGAUAUCAAAAGCGCCAAAUUCCAAUGGCUGAUAUUCUUUUGGUUAUAAAAAAAUAAUGACGAAACGGAGUUGUUAAUUUAUCUAAUAAACAUAUUUUUGUAAGACGUACGAUCAAAGCUGCAAAACAUAAUAAUAUGUGAGGAAGUAACAGAACUCUAGCACACACAUGCCUUUGCCGACCAUUAAGUCUCUCUCACUUUUUCUCAAUAAAUAUAUAUAUAUAUUAUAAUGACUUGGUCAUCGUAAAUAUGAAUUGAUCAUAUUUAUGAUGACCAGUAUUUUAUAUAAGUAAUUAAAACUUAUACGUGUAUAUACAUCUAUUUUCGAGAAAUUUUGAAUGCAGUUAACAUUCCAAUUCGACAUUAAAUUGCAUUUAUAUUGUGAAAAAGUAAUAAUAUGCCACCCAACCAAUGAAAAUGAUAUUCAUUGAUUAUGAUAUAUCGUCAUAUUAUUUUUAAAAAAGUCAUGCGUUGUAUUACAUUAGAAUAUUCUUAUUUUAUUAUUAUCGUGCGUCAUAUACACGUGUAUAUGCUUUUUAGUUUACAAUAAUGAAUGAAAUAACGAUAAAGUAAUAUUCCUUGAGCAAAGAAGAAUUUUAUAGUCAUUAUGAUUAUGGGUUUACAAGAAAUGAAGCGUUAUCAAGUGCAAAUUGAGUGUAUAGUCUAUACUGUAAGGAAAAAGAGAACCCAUUUGGAUGAUUAUCAAAGUGCUGCUUAUAUCAUUUGUUUGAAAUUAUUUUAUAAUGUCAUAGGAACUAUGACAGUGAAGUAUGUCAUCCGUUGUUUGUUAUAUCACAUGCUUGCAUCAUA